AUGUUUAAUCCGCUCAGAAUAGUGAACAGGAUAUGCGUCAAGGCUCCCCUCCAACUCCAGCGGUUCCAGAGUGGAUUGGCCCCUGCCAAGAAAAUGGUUGUCUAUGAACCACUUCCCAAACUGCGCCAGGGCAAAAGUUUAAUGCUCUACAUCAAAGAAGCUCAAUACAAAAAGUUUGACCCCAACGGAACUAAAAGAAAGAUUCUCGACAAGUCUAAUCCAGAGAAACUUAGAAGUGGGGACGUGGUGAGGAUCGUGUACAAAGAACAGUCUCCAGUCGUUGGAGCAGUGAUCGCCAUUAACAAGAGCGGUCUGGGAACUUCGCUGUUACUCAGAAACAUGAUAACUGGUGUUGGUGUGGAGUUUCACGUGCCGGUGUUUUCUCCCAUGGUGGAGAGAAUCGACAUAGUGAGAAGACCAGCCAAGUAUAAGGGCCGUACAAAGCACUACUACAUCAGAAACACCAGAUUGGACGUCGGAGACCUGGAGUCAAGUAUUGGAGUGAAGAGGAAAGUGUAA